AUGGCGAAAUUUACCUGUAAAUUUACUGCUCCCAGGCUGGAAUUGAAUUCGGAUAGACCGUCAGAUUUCAAAAUAUGGCAACAACAAUGGGCGUCGUACGUUUCUGUCUCUGCGCUAGACAAGGAACCGCCAGCCUUUCAGGUCAAUGUCCUUCAAAUGUGUAUGUCAACGGACACGCUUCGAAUCGUCCUUAACCUUGGGCUUACUGAAAAGCACCUUGCAGAAUCUUGUUCUGAAAUUAUCAAGGCAAUGGAUGCAUACAUACAGGGACAAGUCAACGAAUCUGUUGAGCGCAAGGAGUUCAGGACCAGGAAACAAGGCCUCGAUGAGGACUUUAAGGACUUUCUUGUGUCAUUACGUGACCUAGUUGCAGAGUGCAACUUUUGCAACGCUAAGUGUGUGGCUAAGGCUAUUAGAGAUCAGAUCAUAGAAGGUUUAUAUGAUUCUACAGUCAUUGAAAAGUUACUUGCUGUACAUGACCUGUCUUUGACUAACACCCUGGAGAUGGUCCGUGCAUUGGCCUCUGUCAAGGACCACACAGCGGCGAUAGUCAAAACACCAUCAUCAGCAGCGAAUAAGAGACCACCAAAGCCAACUAGUGAGAAGACAGCUAAGUCAGUUGAUAAGACAGCUAAGUCACACGGUAAGACACAUCACCCGUCCAACACUCAGAACCAGAAGUGCUAUUACUGUGGACAUACUCACGUCCAAUGUAAACGUAACUGUCCCGCUGCUCACUCUACAUGCAAUAACUGCAAGAAAAUUGGUCACUUUGCAUCUGUGUGCAACUUCCGUAAGCUGCAGUCUCGUGCAGUGCAUGUGAACAGUGUUAUUAUUGAAAGUGCCCCUCGAGCCACGAUAACAUUGCAUCAUAACAACCUACCUGUGGAAAUAGUUAUUUUGCCUGACAGCGGAUCAGACAUAAUGCCUUGCUCCUUUGAGUCUCCUCGACAACAUUAG